GAUAGAGUAUAAAUCUAUUCCUGGAACCUCAACCAUCAGCUUAAGCUUUUGGUUAAAUUGGUCCUUUGCCAUCUAUCAAUAAAGAUAAAAUAGGAUUGUAUGUGUAUGUGUGUUAUGAUGCUCCUAUAGAUCUUUUUUUUUUUUUUUUUUUGAGGGGGCUCCUAUAGAUCUUAAUUUGUCUAAUUAGUUAAUUGCAUGUUUGUGUGUGUGUUUAAAGCAAAUGCAAGUCAUUUUGUGGCUUCACUGAUAGGAGAUUUUUCAUGAAGAAGAGUUAGAUGAAGGGGAACACGGAAGAAGAAACUGAGGCUAAACUAUCCCAAUGGGUAUUUGGUAUUUCUGGUCCUGUCCAUCUCACUUCUGUUGAUUGGACAAAACCUGAUCAUGUAAGAUCAAUUGCUGCUAGUUUGGUUCAAGGAGUGUACAUAUUGGAAAGAGACCGGCAACAGAAAAGAAGUGGACAUAAAGCAUUAGCUCCAACAUGGUGGGAAUUCUUCAAUUUCCAAUGCAUCAAAACUCUUAUAGAUCAAACUGAUUCUUCCAUAUAUGGAGCAAUUUUUAAGCACAUCACAUCUCAUGUCCCUAACAAUCAACAAGGUGUACAUGUUACUCCAAGGUAUGUUAUGGUCUUUCGUGGUACCCUCAUGGAACCCGAUACUCGAAAACGAGACCUCUACUUGGAUAUCCAAUUUCCCCUAAAUGGUUUAACACUAGACUCUCGAUAUCAUAAAGCAAUCAUAGAGAUACAAGACAUACUACUUCACACAAGCCCUAAUAAUUUUCUUUUAGUCGGACACUCCCUAGGGGCAGCUGUUGUACUCCAAGUAGGCAAAGAUAUGGCGAAAAGGGGAUGUUACAUUGAGACCUACCUCUUUAACCCUCCAUAUACGUCUAUCCCAAUUGAGAAGAUAAACAAUUUGUAUUGGAAGGACAAGAUUCGCACUGCUAAAAGUAUAGUAACUGCGAAUGUCUAUCAAAUGGUUAAAAAGGGUAACAAAGAUAAAAAUUUGACACAACAUGACCCGUUUCUUUUGUUAUGUUCAUGGAUUCCAAACGUAUAUGUAAACACGAGAGAUCCAUUUUGUUGCGAGUAUAUAGGGCAUUUCGAGCAUCGAGGAAGGAUGAAGGAGCUUGGAAAGGACAAGGUUGAUGUAAUUGCAAGUAAGAACUCCUUAAUGAGUAUGUUAGCAGGCGCAUUAGGGAGAGAGGGUGAGCCACCACAUCUAAUUCCAUCAGCAUUACUUACGAAGAACAUGAUCGCAUUGAAUCAAAGUUUGAAAGAAGCUCAUUGCAUUGAUCAAUGGUGGAAACCACAUCAACAUUGGCAAUCUAAGCUUUAUAAAUGGGAAGAAUGUAAUUGUAUGUGACUAUUACUCAAAUUAUGCAAGCAAAUAGAUAGAAAUAAAAUAAAUCCUACAUAAGAUUUUCGAUGCAAUUGUUAUGCAUCAUAUUAAAAAAAAAAUUUAUAUGUCGACCACUUGUGAAACACUCAUACCAGUAGAUAAAAAACCAUUUUAAUCAAGGAUGUCUUGGCCUAGUGAUGAAGAUUGAGGUGAUGUGAACGAUACAUCACAGGUUCAAAUUCCCCCCUCCCCUUCUUUGUACGACCUUCGUGGCAAUAAAAAAACCAUUUUAUGUUUU